GUAGUAGGGUGGCUUGCUAGUCCUCCGCUACCAUCAUCCACUCUUGCGCGGUGUAUUGUGGGCAGUCCUCGGUCCUCCGGGUCCAGUCUCCUGCACCCCCAUCAGAAAAAAAAUGGCUGCCUCGGCGGCAUCGGCGGGUUCUUGCCCCGAUUAUUGCCCCGGCUUCGCCGUGGUCUGCUCGUUUCUGGAACGCUACGGCGCGCUGCUGGAUCUACCGGAGCUCACAUUCCCGCAGUUGGAGAGAGCGUUUCGGGAAACCACGAUCGUUCCAAAAGCCCUUGUGGAGCUUCACUUAAAAUUAAUGAGGAAAAUCGGCAAGUCUGUUUCGGCUGACAGAUGGGAAAAGUACCUUGUCAAGAUGUGUCAGGACUUCAACAGCACCUGGGCAUGGGAGCUGGAGAAGAAGGGCUACCAGGAGAUGACUGUGGAGUGUAAAGUGGGCAUCCUGAAGUACCUGUGUGAGUGUCAGUUCGAUGACAACCUCAAGUUUAAGAACGUGAUCAACGAGGAGGACCCCGAGGCGAUGCGCCUGCAGCCGAUCGGGCGGGACAAGGACGGCCUGAUGUACUGGUACCAGCUCGACCAGGACCACAACGUGCGAGUCUACGUGGAGGAGCAAGACGACCAGGAAGGGACCUCCUGGAAGUGCAUUGUCAGAACCCGUAAUGAUUUGGCAGAGACUGUGGAACUCCUGAAGGCUCAGAUCGACCCGGCUCUGCUCACCAAAUCAGUGCAGCCAGAGGACUCCUCUAGCACCAGCCCCUGCCCUGAUGACGAGGAGAACAAGGAGGGUGCAGAGCUGCUGCCUGAUGAUGAAUCCCCAGACAAGAAGGUUGAGAAAAUAGAGGAAGAUUCGAAAGAACCAGAAAGCAAGCCUGCAACUGAGUCUGCCGUUCUGUCUCCUGCUCCUCUUAAAAGCGAAAGUGAAGAUAAGGAUUCCUCUGUGGCUGAAAAUGAAGAGCAGAAACCCAACAUAAAGGAGGAAGCCGAGGAAAUCAACAAGGAUUCUGUAGAAAAGAAAGAAGAGAAGGAGCGGACGGCAGUUAAAUCUGAGGAAAAGCCCAUUAUAGAUAACAAAGUCAGAACCAUCACGGCAGUUAUAAAAGAAGAACCAAAAGCUCCUGAAAAUGUCAAAAGCUCUGACCAAAAUGUGACUGCCUCUGUACCGGAGAAGCAGGAAGUAUCCAUAAAGAUUGAACCCUUAGAGGAGGUUAAGGAGAAGUCCUCUGAAGAAGUGGAGCGAACCCUGAAGAAUGACCAGCAGGCCAAGAUCCCUCUGAAGAAACGGGAGAUCAAGCUGACAGAGGAUUUCGACAAUGGUGGGAAGAUCGCUCGCAAUCCACCAGUAACCCCAACCAAAGAUCUGCUGAGGGAGGAGGGGAAGACCGAAGUGGAAGUCCAACGACCGACUCCUGCCUCAGAGAAGAAGGAAGGAGAUGAGCUUGUUAAUGGAGAAGUCUCUGCAGCUAAGGAACCCAACAAUCACAGAACUCAAGAAGAGCCUAUGGACACAGGGCUUCCUCUGGAGAAGAAAAGCCAACAGGACAAGAUGGCGGCAGGAGAAGGAGUAAAGGAAGAGAACGGUUUGACUGUGUCCCAAAGGAAGGUCUCCAGAGGCCCACCUGAAGUUCAAGAAAAGAAUGAGAAGAAACCUGACCAGCCCAAGAAAGGAGAUGUCUUGGAGAAAGCAGAAGAAGCUGUUUCCCCUGCAAAGGUUUCAUCAACUCUCGAAGACUGCUCUAAAGAAGAAGAAACCUCAGAGGAACCAGUGGAAGCAUGCAAGACUUCCACAGCAAAGUCUGACCCUGUGGAGAAACCAAUGAUGUCCUCAAAGGAAAAGAAAGAAGCAUCCACUAAAUUGUUAAAAGAGGGAGUUGAAGAACCUGUGAAAGACGCCACAUUGCACUCUCCAGAGGACUGUAGUCCCACAGAGAAAGAACUUCCCUCCGAUGACAAGGAAAAUAAUAAAGAGGGUGCUGAUGAGAAGACAGAUUGCAGUUCUGAGGAAAUGGAUGUAAGUCCUGAUAAGACGACUAUCACCAGGACUCCUAUGGAGGAGAAGACAAAUAAAGAGGACACGGAGGAGAAGCCUGAAAAUGCAGAGGCUCAGAAGAGCAAGGAAAGUGAAUCACAACAGGGGGCAGACGAUAACAAACAGGACGUAGAAGCUAUGGAGGUUGGAAAUGACCCAGAAGAAAAGAUCAACAAGGCUGAGGGUAUAGCUGACAGUGAGGUCUCGUCGGAGAUCCAGACAGGAGGUAUCAGACUGAAGAUCAGGAUCCCCGCUGGUAAGAGGAGGCAGGUGACCCCCCACAGAGAAGGGCAGGAUUCUGAGAUUUCACAUCAGAGGUCUCUGAGGAGGUCGCCUAGGAUAUGCAGGCCCACAGCCAAGGCAGCGGAAAUCCGGGACAAGAAGACAGAGAAGAAGCAGGUGGUGGAAGAGGAUGAGGAAGAUGAGGAGGAAGAAGUAGAGAAACUUGCUUCACAAAGGAAAGAGAAAGAGGCCGCAAGGAAAGCAGAACCCGAAGCGCAGUCCAGGGUAAACAAGGGUAAAUCGCGACGGCAGCGGCGUGCAAGGUGGACAAACUCUCGGUCGCGGUGGCGCAGGCAGAAGGGCUCGAGCAAGGAAGAGGAGGAGAGCAACGACGAUGACAGCGACGAAGACUACAAGGUUGAGAAGGACAGAGACCGGGAUGAGGAGGAUGAGGAGGAGGAAGAGAAAGAAGCAGCCAGUGACGACCCCUGCAAGCGUUGCGGCCUCCCCAACCACCCUGAGCUGAUUCUCCUGUGCGACUCUUGCGACAGUGGCUAUCACACAGCCUGUUUACGUCCCCCAUUGAUGAUCAUUCCUGAUGGCGAAUGGUUCUGUCCUCCUUGUCAACACAAACUGUUGUGUGAGAAGCUGGAAGAGCAGUUGCUGAACUUGGAUGUCCAUUUGAAAAAGAGGGAACGUGCUGAGAGAAGACGAGAACGCUUGGUGUACGUUGGUAUCAGCGUUGAAAACAUCAUCCCUGCCUCUGUAAGUAGUACGGACUUGGAUACUAAUGGCGCAAAGGAGCCAGAUACGGAAGAAGGGAUGGUAGAAAAGGAGAAGAAAAAGUGUAAGAAUUUGGAAAGGAGAUCUACGAGAGCAAGGAAAUCUAUAAGCUACAGAUUUGAUGAUUUUGAUGAGGCGAUCGACGAAGCAAUAGAGGAAGAUAUCAAAGAGGCAGAGGGAGGAGGUGCAGGCCGAGGGAAGGACAUGGCAAACAUCACGGGGCACCGGGGAAAGGACAUCUCCACUAUCCUGCAGGAGGAGGGCAAGGAGAAUCGGAGGCCACCUCGAGCGGCAGCCGUCCACAGGAGGAAGCGCAGGCGCCUGAACGACCUGGACUGCGACAGCACUACGGACGAAGACGAGAGCGAAGACGAGUUCAGAGUGAGCGACAGCACGGAGGAGGAGGAGUUUGUUGUGUCUGAGGAUGAGGAUGUGGACAGUGACGGGGACCCGGGCUCCAAUGACAGUGACUUUGAGGUGCGCACCCGGAAGACAACGCGGCAGAGGCGGGUGAAGCCCAAGAGGCAGAGCACGAGGACGCGACGGAGUCGAGGCCGGAGAGAGUACUCCGACGAUGAUGAAGAGGAGGAGACGGAGGAGGAAGAGGAAGAGGAGGAGGAAGAGAUGGAAACGGAGCGUUCGAGUGACUACAGCGAUGAAGACCUGGACAUGCGCAGGCGGCGGUCGCGGAGGAGCCUGAAGAAGAAGGUGAACUACUGUGAGACCUCAGAGAGCGAAGGGUCUCGGAAGGGCAGACUCGUGGAGAAACACAGACCUCAUCGACGCAUGCUGCUCUCCAGCUCUGACAGCGAAGCGAGUUCCCGUACCAAAGACUCCGAGGAAGAGGAGGAGAGGAAAAGGAAAAAGAGGGAAGACUCCUCUGAGGACGACUCGCAUCGGCGGCGACGGCUGAAGCUGAAACGGAGGAAAGCUUCUGAAGAGGAGGAAGACGACGACGAUGAUGAUGAUGACGACGAGGAAGAACAGCGCCCUGUCCGUAAGCGGCUGAACCGCAUCGAGACUGACGAGGAGGACGAUCAAGAAGAGGUCAGGGGGGAGGACAAAGAGGGUCCUCAGAAGAAGAAGGAAGAGGAGGCAACAGCUAAGAAGCCACCUUGUCCGUCUGAGAAGGCUAUGAAGCCCAACAAAAUAGCCAGCAGCGACGAGGAGGAAGACAUUAUCAGCAAAGGGGAGAGCCCUUUGGACCUUAACCUGGAGGAGCUGCCCUCCACGAACGGACAAAGCCUUGGGAAGGGCCUGGAGGGUUUAAUCACAAAGCCCGGUGCUGGAUUAGCUGCUGGUGUGGAUUGUGGCGGGGCUCCCAAGAACGGUGGUGCCGCUGCCACAGCCAUCCGUAUAACAAGCCUGGCACCGAACGGCACUGCUGGGCAGGAGGGUCCCCCACAGGAAGAGGAUGAAGAUGACCUUUUGGGUGUGACUGACCUUGUAGAUUACGUUUGUAAUAGCGAACAGUUGUAAAAAAAAAAAAAUUUUUUCACCCCCCUUAGUACAAGUUUAGAGGCUAAUUUAUUCCAUAGUAGCUGUUGAUUCCAAAAAGAGGCAAAGGAAAGCAUAACGUGGGGGGAGGUGGGUGUGCUUUUUCACUUUCUCUACAAAUGUAUCUAAAAAGACUUCUCAUUUCCUUUGCUUGUGUACUUUCUCUCUUCACAGGGAAAGAUUGAUUUUUUAAAAAGUUUUUCUGGAGGCAAAUUUUACGAUGUAGAUUCCCAUUGUUGUAUAUUUUCUCCUCUCUCUCUCUCUCUCUCUCUCUCUCUCUCUCUCUAUUUGUCUGUCCAUGUAUCACCUAAAAAGUUUUUUUUUCCCCCACAGUCAGAGGAUUUGUAUAUUUUCUAAGAAAAAAAGUAUAUAUUUGGCACUAAUGUGUUAAAAAAAAGAAAAAAACAUCAAAACACAUUCCAUACACGCCACGACUUUUACUGAAAUGUCGAAUGAUGUUUUAUGUUAAAAAAUGUUCAUUUGCUUUUUGGUUCCUGAGUUGUAACAUGGAACGGAAAUAAGUUGUGUUUUUAUUUUUAAUUUAAUUACAUUUUUUUUUUUUUUUCUAAAAGAUUUUGGUCAGUUGCUACCAAGACAGUUUUGGUGGAGUCUGCAUAACUGAAGAGAUGUAUUCAGUACAAGACUGAUGGUUCGAAACACUUCUUGUAAAAGUGUGCAGUUUGUAAAUAGGGUUGCAAAGUACAAAAAUAGCUUCUUUCAUUAAAAAGUAAUUCCAGUUGGCACCACUUUAUUGGCACAUCUCAAAGUAACAAUAUCCUGUAUAAGCGACUGUUCCAAUUAAACGAGAGGCAUUAGAGACGACCUUAUUCACACUUUUGUUUCUAAAGAAAAAUAAUGAAAUCACAUCAGUGUGAUUAAUUCUGAUGAGCUACUUUUUAUAUAGUAAGAUACAACCAUGUUUAAUGAAGGGCUGUUUCAUUAUAAGGCAUACAUCUUAAAGAUGUAUAACUUUAAACACUCCCAUCAUAAGAUCUUGAUACAAAAAUACAAACGUUAUUGCAAACAUAAUACAAAUGUAAAGGCAUGGCUAAACCAUUCUAAUGGCACUUGACACCUUUUUAAACUCUGUUUUGGUUUGUUUUUUUCAGCUGAACCUAAAUGGGAUCUUACAAUUUUUCUAUUAAGAAACAACUUUGUUUGAAGGGAUAUUUUUAAAUAUAUCAUCCAAUUAGAUUUUGUUUCUUUUUUUUUUUUUAUAUAUUUAUUUUAAUCUUGUGAUUCAUGCCAUCGAGUUAUAUCAAAAGGUGAUGCGUGGGUUAGAUCCUUUGCAAAAAUUAAUAUUAUGUUUAAGACUCCCUUUAUUAAAUACUUUGCAGAAUUUCAUGUUUAUAGCAGAAGGAUUUCUUUUGACAAAUCUCUACUGUGGUUGUUGUGGCAGGAUUAAGAAAUGGCGCCUACUAUAGGCAGGGCAGAAAGAAGUCAGAAAGGUCUUCUCAAAAUGGAACACUUAUGGCUGUUUACUCUUUAGUAAAAAUACCUAUUGGGGGGGGGGGGCACACACUUUGAUGCAGACCUGCUAAUGCCCCUGGUACAUAGUUGAGUAUGUACAGUUACUUAAUGGUUUUAAUAGCUUGAGUCUAAACUUACAACAAAUGUAGUUUACACACACUUCUUGAAGGAUCAUUGGGGACUUAACCGUUUGAGCUCCAAGAUAUUGCUUAAAACCUUGAUGGUGUAUUUUUAAAUAUAAAUACAUACAUUGACACAGGACAAGGCUCUGAUAUCUGUCUCCUUAAUCGUGUGUAUAUUUGUAGCUUACAACUAACAUGUUUCAGAAGCUUUUUAAAACAAGUCAAAAAAGAUAUAAAAUAGUUAUUUUACAAUUGCUGCUGCUUUUAUAUGUUUCUUUUGUAGUAAGUUGUUUCUUUGCACAACUUGUGUAAUGUAAAGUAUUGGAGUGUUCAAAGUCAUACUGUGUGUCUGUAGAGCUGGGUUGAAACCACCCAUCCCAGUGUUCUCAUUUUAAUACGUUAGUAUUCCACAGUUACCUUCCGCUUUUGCUACAGCACUGUAGACAGAAGUAAAUGCAAAGCUGUAAAGAAGAUUUUUAAACACGACUUAGGGCCUUACAUGUGCUGGGCCUGUAUACCUUUUUAAUACUGUUUUAGGGGCAACAUAUCCUUUUGUUGCUUGAGAACAUCAAAGGUAUUUCGUGGUCAUCUUGUCGAAUACAUUUCUUAAUUAUUUUUUUUUAUUUUUUUAAAUACUGGGUUUUUCUUCAAUUCUAAAUUGUUGGUCUGCAUUUCAGGAUGAGACCCACAUUUUAUAGGUAACAAAAAGAGCAGUCAAUUU